GCCGCCGCUGAUGCUGGAGAUGACGAUCGAGCCGCGAGUGAAACGCGUGUCUGACGCCCGUGUUCUGUAGAGUUCUGGACUAAACGCGUGUCUGACGCCCGUGUUCUGUAGAGUUCUGGACUAAACGCGUGUCUGACGCCCGUGUUCUGUAGAGUUCUGGACUAAACGCGUGUCUGACGCCCGUGUUCUGUAGAGUUCUGGACUAAACGCGUGUCUGACGCCCGUGUUCUGUAGAGUUCUGGACUAAACGCGUGUCUGACGCUCGUGUUCUGUAGAGUUCUGGACUGAACGCGUGUCUGACGCCCGUGUUCUGUAGAGUUCUGGACUAAACGCGUGUCUGACGCUCGUCUCUGAUGAGCUCGCGACUCUGUCACAGCUCAGCGUGCCGCGAUGACUGACGUGAUGAUCAGCUCCACAUCGAUGGACGACAUGAGGCUCAGUCCCAGCAAAGACCGGCUCACCUUCCAGAUCUUCCCGGACCCGUCGGACUUCGAGCGCUGCUGUAAACUGAAGGACCGGCUGCCGUCGAUCGUGGUGGAGCCGACAGAAGGAGAAGUGGAGAGCGGAGAACUGCGCUGGCCCGAGGAGAUCCUGGAGAACCUGGAGACCGAGGAGGAAGAGGAGGAGGAGGAAGAGGGAGAGGACAACUCUCAGCAUUAGAGACGCACACACACACACACACACAUGCGCACACACUC